AACACUCUCUCAUUGCCUAGAAAUGACUAGUUGCAGGGAAAAUGAAACUUAACAGAACGUAAGGUGCAGCACAUUGGGCGCUUUAGUUUCGCAUGAGUUUUAGACCAUUCCAUUGGUCGUUGAGGUAAAUCUCCACCCACCCGGGGCAUGUGGCUAUGCAAAACCAUCAGGCCCACUGCUUCAGAUGUGUCAGUGACAACAGGGGACAACAAUUAACAGAUCUGUGAAACCACACUAAAAUUUUUGAUUGGUCGACUGUAGCAGCGAUGGAACGAGGAAGAGGAUGGACUCUGAAGAUGAUGUUCUUGUUGACACUCUGUCUGCAAGCCUUCACUGGUCAAUGCCAAGAAGGGAGACUGGAUGGACAAAGGGGCAUGUGCUCUGCACAGAUUCAGGGCAUCCCUCUGACCUGAGGAUAGUUCUAGUAGGGAAGACUGGAUCAGGGAAGAGUGCAACAGGAAACACCAUCCUUGGGAGAAAGGUGUUUAGAGAAGACCUCUCCCCUGAGUCUGUCACUGCUCACUGUGAGAAACAGAGUGGAGUGGUGGAUGGGAGGAAGACUGAUGUCAUCGACACCCCGGGGCUCUAUGACACAACAAUGUCUAAAGAAGAGAUGAAAAGUGAAAUAGAAAAGGCCAUCUACAUGUCAGUCCCAGGACCCCACGCCUUCCUGCUGGUGAUCAGACUGGGAAGGUUCACAGAGGAGGAGAGGAACACUGUGAAGUGGAUCCAGGACAACUUUGGAGAAGAAGCAUCAAAUUACACCAUCCUUCUGUUCACCGGUGGAGACCAGCUGAAGGACAAAUCAAUUGUGGACUUUCUAAGUGAGAGUGACGAGCUUAUGAAACUCGUCAAGGUCUUUAAGGGCAGAAAUCAUGUCUUCAAUAAUGAAAAGAAGAAUGACCACAAUCAGGUCCCAGAGCUGCUGAAGAAGAUAGAUGAGAUGGUGAUGAAGAAUGGAGGACAACACUACACCAAUGAAAUGUACCAGGAGGUCCAGAGGAAAAUCAAACAAGAGGAGGAGAGGAAGAAACAGGAAGAGGAGAUCAGAAAACUGGAAGAGAAGGUGAGAGAGGAGGAGAGGAAGAAACAGGAGGAGGAGAUCCUGAAACUGGUAGAGGAGCAAAUUAAGAAACAGUGGGAGAUGAAUAAGAAAAAGUUAAUAGAUUUAUCGGGAAAAGCUGUGGGAUUGAUAGCAACUGGUAUCACAGCGGUGUUAUCAGGACCAGCAGCCUUGGCAGUUGGAGGUGCUGUAAUCUUAAAAGAGUUUGUUGAAGAUGCAGUUGACGUUUAUAUGGAUUCUUAGUAAGUAAAGAUGAGAAAGAGGUGGCAGUGUGAAGUACCAAUCUCUUCCUCAUCUUAAUGUCAAGUAGUAACAGUAGAGUAGAUUAUUACUGUAUAAUGACAACCAUCAGGGAUUAUUCAAAACUUUCUAAUAUGAUCAGUUAUUUAGCAUGUAAUUAUAUAAGGGAUCAGGGAUAAUAACAUAGGAGGCUGUUCAGAAAAAAUGUGUUCUCCCUCUACCCUCCCUCCCUAGUCUGUGUUCUCCCUCUACCCUCCCUCCCUAGUCUGUGUUCUCCCUCUACCAUCCCUCCCUAGUCUGUGUUCUCUCUCUACCCUCCCUCCCUGGUCUGUGUUCUCCCUCUACCCUCCCUCCCUGGUCUGUGUUCUCCCUCUAUCCUCUCUCUACCAUCCCUCCCUGGUCUGUGUUCUCCCUCUUGUGUCAGACUUAGUGUAAAACACCACAUGAUUAACACUGUAAGUAAUGUUGUAAUAUACUGUACUGUACCUCAUUACAGUAUUUCUACUGUACUUCAUUACUGUAUUUCUACUGUAACCCAUUACUGUAUUUCUAAUGUACCUCAUUACUGUAUGUCUACUGUACUUCAUUACUGUAUUUCUACUGUACUUCCUAAUCCAGGGGAAGGGAUGAGGGCUCAGCACUGUAGGACAAUUAUUACUGAAACUAUUACAAUAGAGGAGCCAAUUGAGAGAUUUUUAUUGUAUAAUUACAUUUAUGUAUGUUUAUUCCAGUGCACUCAUGGGUAUUUGAAAAUUUGUCUCAGCUGUUUGUGCGUUAAAUUGAAAGAUAAUCGAUUAUUCAUGUUUUUUGUUUCAUGCUUGUGUUUUAUGCUGUUUCAUGAUUUUCCAACAACUAAUGAACAUGUGAUGGACAAUCUUUGAGGACAUUUAGUCAUUUGUAGUGUGUACUUUUGUUGUAUGUAUGAUUUCCCAAGAUUUUAACAAUAUAUAAUAAAGUGAAAUCCAUAAAA